AUGAGGAUAAACAAAGAUGGGAAAGAGUUGCAGGUGGUUGACUUCCUGCUUUGUGGGCAUACUUUGGAGUACGAGGUCGUGGAGGUGAAUGCCUUGAACGAGAGUGGCUUGACGCCACUAGAUGUCUCAACUCACUCACAAAGGGGAGCACGAGACAAAGAGAUCAGAGAAAUUCUCGUACGAGCAGGAGCCAAACGCGGAGCUUCAAGACCAGUCUUGAGGGAUGAUGAUGAUAUUGAGGCAGGUAACGGUCAUCAAUCAAAUGGGGAACUAGUCUCGAAUGCUCCUCAGCAAGAUGAUGGAAAGAGGUGGGGCAAGAUUGAGGUCCUGCUGGUCGUUGCAGGGCUCAUCGCCAACGCGACCUACCAAUCCAUGCUUCAACCUCCAAGCGUUGUGGAACAUGACAAGACCAGCAAUACUUCUGGGCAAUCCAAGGUCAAUAUUGCCCCUGACCCUGCACACCCAAUAGAGGACAAAAUAACUUAUAGCACGAACCUGAUGUACGUCCUUUUCCAGGGAGGCAACACAUUUGGAUUCUUGGUGUCGAUCCAGAUAAUCAUUUACCUCACCAAAAUGAUCCAAGACAAAAAGAACGGACAAUACAAAAAUACCCAAAUGGUCAAAGAAGAAGAGAACCAAGAACGAUGGAUUGGGCAUGAAGUAAAACUUCUUUGUGAGGUUGAGAAUGAAUUUUCUGCUAGAGCAAGUGGAAGAAUUAAUGGAGAUCAAGCAAGGAAAUAG